CCGGGGGCCAACAAUCGCGUAAUGGAUCUUGCUCAUGAACCUCCUACACUCUUAGUCCUUGAACAAAAUCCAGACCCUCGCGAUCCCCCGCCGCCAUAUCCUUCUCCUAACCGACGUGUCCGUUCGUCCAGAGUGAGCCACCGAAACAUACGGCGGUUACGAGCACCAGGCCAACUGCUGUCUGGAGACUCGGACCAGGAGCCUAGCUGUCACACCUUGCGGUAUGGAGAUGCCUCAAAUUUGUCCAACAAUGCCACGGAGGCGACACCUCUCCUGAAUGGACCUCCAAGAUGCGCCAGGCGUCCGCGUUCGCAGUCCUUCUCGAGUACAUCGAGCUCUGGCGCCCCAUCUCUUGCCCAAACAGUCGCCUCUUUGUUCCAACCUGACCUAGACGAUGACAAUGAAGUUGACAUCUACGAUGCAUUGCAUAUCCAUGGGCCCGGGUCCGGAGAGCAGCAGAUUGAGCAACACGCAAACCAAAGUCAGAGUUGGCAACAAUGGCCUUUGCUAUCCAGACGAGCGUGGAGGCGUUAUUUCAAACCUUUGACACAUAGGGCAUAUUAUGCAGCCCUUCUUCAUCUAAUGGUGCUCAAUUUCCCCUUCGCUCUUGCUGCCUGGGUUUACCUUUUUGUAUUCACCCUGACUGGCACAACGCUCCUUAUCACGCUCCCUAUUGGUGCCGUUCUCUGCUUCUUUGAUCUUUUGGGGGCCAGAGCGUUUGCUAGGGCGGAGCUUGCGUUGCAACGUGCAUUCCACGGGCCUCUCGCUCAUGCGCCUCCUUACCCAACUUACCCUAUCUUUCGACGUAUGCGGCCAACCCGACCGGAUGAAGAGACUGGAAGGGCCGAUACCCCACAGCACGAACCGUCCUUUUACAAAAAUGCCUACUCGAUGUUUACAGACUCGACGACGUAUUCCGCGCUAUUCUACUUCUUGGUUAUUAAGCCGGGCAUAACGUUAAUAUUCUCGUUGUGUCUUAUAGUAGCUGUACCGCUGUCAGUGGCGCUAGUUCUGCCUGCGCCGCUAGUGCUGCGGGUAGUGCGGAAGCUGGGGAUCUGGCAAGCAAAUGUCGCGGUGGAGGGCCUGUGCCUUGCUGUCCUGUAA